UUUAUAUGAUUAAACGAUGCUGUUUUGGAAACAGUGUUUUCUCUUGCACGUGGUGUUAAACCUCGGAUGUUGGAACUGAAACCUCCGACUCAAGCGCCUGCAUCCUUAAACCUUUAACGAGUGCUCCGAACCUGACCUCUAGAAGCCAAAAAACUUGAUCAAAUCCCCGACUUCUUUAACUUUUUUGAGUUUUAAGCUUAUUUCUUUUACCUUUCUUCUACACCAAAAUGGCAAAUCUCAUGAACAAACUCUUCAAGAAUAAAUCCACUCACAGAUUCAUCAUAUCUCUCAAAACCCCACGGCACCAUCAACAACUCCCGAAACUUAGCCCUUCCCUUAUUCCCCAACAAACCCACUAUUUUUCAUUAACCAAAUCAGAAUUCCUAACCAACCCAAAUUUUUUCCUCAAUCCCAAAUCCUCGGAUAAUGGCAAAACUACUGAACCCUUGAAGUUUUACCCCAAUUUCCCAUUUGGGUUUUUGUUGAAUCCCAUUAGCUCAACUGGGUUUGAACCAGUAGAGGCCGUGGAGGUCGAGGAGGGGGCAGCAGAGGCUGAGGAUGAUGAUGCUGUAAAAGUUUGGGCAGAUAGUGUGAAGAAGAAGAGGAAGAAGAAGAUGAACAAGCACAAGUACAAGAAGCUGAGGAAGCGUCUCAGAAGGAAGACGUAGGCUUUUCUUUGGCCAGAAUUUCAUGGGGAAGUUUUUUUAUUUCCUCUGUUUCUUCUAUCCAAAGAUUUUGGAAUUAGAUUAUAUGGAUUAAAAUUUGAGAUUUUUUUUCUGACAAUGCUCGAUUUGAGGACUGUAAUGGAAUGUUGAAAAUUUUCUUAUCUAUUGAGUAUUGACAAUAAUAUUUAUAGUUUUAUG